CUAACUGUCUCCAAGAAGACAGCCACAAAAGUGGUGUUCUUAAGCCAAAACAUAAAACGCAUGAAAACUAAUUUCCUCAUAUACUCUUUCAGUCAUUUCACUUUCACAUCAAACAACAACUUCACUAGAUAGAGAGAGCUUAGAAUGUCUGAAGCCUCUUCCAUGUCCUUAACAGAGAGAAUUUACAAUCACCUUUGUCUCUUCGAUGUUUCUCUCGCGUUGUUAGGACUAUUUGUUUUCUGUUGCGUGCGUGAGAAGUUAGCCAAGAAACCAGGUCCAACGACAUGGCCAGUGUUCGGAGUCACUCCAGAGUUCUUCUUUAACAGGAACGAUGUCUACGGUUGGGUCACAAGGUGUUUAAAAACAUGUCGAGGUACUUUCCUUUACCGCGGAAUCUGGCUCGGUGGUUCUUACGGAGCCGUGACUUGCGUACCCGCUAACGUCGAGUACAUGCUCAAGACCAACUUCAAGAACUUCCCCAAAGGCGUCUUCUUCAACGAAAGGUUCAACGAUCUCCUCGAGGACGGUAUCUUUAACGCCGAUCACGAGUCUUGGAAGGAGCAAAGACGGAUCAUCAUAACAGAAAUGCAUUCGACUCGGUUUGUGGAGCAUUCUUUUCAGACAACGCAGGAUUUGGUGAGGGAGAAGCUGUUGAAUGUGAUGGAGAGUUUUGCAAAGUCACAAGAGGCUUUUGAUCUCCAAGAUGUGCUCUUGCGUUUGACGUUUGACAACAUCUGCAUCGCUGGUCUUGGCGACAACCCUGGAACUUUGGGUUCUGAUCUUCUUAUUGUCCCGUUUGCUCAAGCUUUUGAGGAAGCGACGGAGUCUACUCUUUUUAGGUUCAUGAUUCCUCCUUUUGUGUGGAAGACUAUGAGGUUCUUGGACGUUGGGUAUGAGAAAGGUCUGAGGAAAGCUGUUGAGGUGGUUCAUGAGUUUGUUGACAAGAUGGUCGUGGAGCGUAUAUGCAAGCUCAAGGAGGAAAGAACGUUAGGGAACAGAUCUGAUGUCCUCUCGAGAAUCAUUGAGAUAGAGAGUCAUCACAAGAAGAGUAAUGAGAAAGAUCCUUCCAUAGUUAAAUUCUUCAGACAGUUCUGCACCAGUUUCAUCUUAGCUGGGAGAGACACGAGUUCGGUUGCACUCACGUGGUUCUUUUGGGUGAUACAGAAGCAUCCAGAAGUUGAAAACAAAAUCAUCCGCGAGGUCAGACAGAUUUUGAGACAGAGAGGAGAUCAUCAAACUAGUCUCUUCACGGUCAAGGAACUAAACGACAUGGUGUAUCUACAAGCAGCACUCUCGGAGACCAUGAGGCUUUACCCUCCAAUCCCUAUGGAGAUGAAACAAGCCACUGAAGAUGACGUUUUCCCUGAUGGGACGUUUCUGAGUAAAGGCUCGCGAGUUUACUUUGCGAUUUACGCUAUGGGAAGGAUGGAAUCAAUAUGGGGGAAAGACUGUGAGGUGUUUAGACCAGAGAGAUGGAUACAAGCUGGGAGUUUCGUGAGUGAUGACCAGUUUAAAUACGUUGUGUUUAAUGCUGGCCCAAGGCUGUGUUUAGGGAAGACAUUUGCUUACUUGCAGAUGAAGACAGUAGCUGCUUCUGUCUUGAUGAGGUACUCGGUUAAGGUUGAUCCAGAUCAUGUUGUUGUCCCUAGAGUAACGACGACUUUGUACAUGAAGCACGGUCUCAAGGUGACUAUCUCGCCAAGGACGCUGGGAGAGAAGACACAUGUUCAACUAGAGAAACGUUAGAAACAGAUAAAUACUCUCCGUCGUCCCAUAAUUAUGGAGAAGUUACUAGAGUCAUUUCCCAUAUUAUAUCUUUUCAAAUUCAAUGUAACGACUUCAUAUUCAACUUCACUUUAUAUAUUUUCAAUAA